AUGGCCACCGCCGCCGCAGAUCCCGCUCCGCCGGAGAUGGCGCUCCCAGAGGAGGACCACGCUGAAGACAUCAGCGAUGACGCAGAGGAGGAGCGGUGCCGAAUCUGCUUCUUCCCCGGCAAGGCGGGACGGCCGCUGCGCCAUCCCUGCGCCUGCCAAGGCACUAUGAGGCACGUCCACGACGAGUGCCAGCUCCAGUGGAUCGCCACCAGCCGCCAACGCCGCUGCCAGGUGUGCAGAUACGAAAUCACCACCCUCCCUCUCUUCGCCGAGGACGCCCCCGCAAGGCUGCCCUUGUCGGAAUUCAUGGCGGGCUUGCCGGGCAAGCUCAUGAGCCUGCUGCUCCCCUUUUUCCUCAUCGCAUGUGUCUACCGAGAAACUGCCGACCACCUCACCAACUUCUCGUCAUGGCAUCUAGUGCUCACCAGGAGCUUUCCUCAGCCGCGUGGUCUGCUCUCGCUAAGCCUCUCUACCACCUCCAUUAUCGCCCGGGCAGUGCUCUCAGUUGUGCUUGCGCAUAUUUAUGUGCCAUUCGCUGUACCGCCAUUCACGCGCUGGGUUGAACGCCUGGGAAAUCGGCCUCAAGGGAUUAGGGGGAUUGAUGCAUUGCACGCCCUUGCGCUAUUUAUUGUUCAAGCUUGCUGGGUGGUGUUAAUAGCUGACAUGGCCAUUGCUUGUAUUUUCGGUUUUCUCCCAUUCUCACUUGGAAGGAUAAAUUUAUGGUGCAUGUCGCCUUUCAAUAUUGCCAAUGUGGGUGAAGUCAACCCCUAUAUUUCGACAGCUUCUACUAUUUUGGUUGGAUACAUAUUUCUCUUUACUACGGGCGUAUCUUAUGUUGGGCUGAUUACUUUUCAUCAAUACUUGGGUGGCAAGCCCCUUAUGAUCGCAAUUUUCUGUAGAAGACUGUCUGGUAUAUUCUUCAGUGGGAUCACAAUUUUCUUUCCAAGGUUACCUGGUAUAUUCUUCAGAGGGGUAUUAAAUCUAAUCACUGUUGCCAAUAUUGGUGUUAAUCUUUUAUACACAUUUAUACUACACCCACUGUUCAUUGGUUGGUUGCUUGAUAUCUGUACUUCAAAAAUGUUUGGUGCAACAAUGUCUCAGAGGUUGAAACUUCUGAUUGCAUCAUCGUCUACUACUACUGCUGUUCAUUGGUUUAUUGGACACAUCUUUUUGAGUCUGCGUCUCAGAUUUUUCAGAAUUAUUCAAAAGAUGUUGAAGCCAAGAAUUAUGAUUAGCUUCGUGACCUUCGUCAGAUAUAAUGCUUAUGAACCAUUCUACAUAUUCUAUUUCAAGAAGCUUCCUAGGCUUUCUGUCGAUAUUACAUUCAUUGCUCUCCUCAUUCUAAUUCCGAGCAAAAUUGUUGUCCACUUGGCGCCUAAAUUGUUUCCACUCAAUAUCACCUACUUUGAUUAUCCUGUUAAGGGCACAUCAUUCUGGCAAGGAUCACUGAACUAUGCAGAGUUAUUUUCUGGUGCACUUUACCUGAAAUUUCUCAUCGAUAGCACAGUUUUAUACCUUGAGUGGUUAGUCCCGAGGGUAGGAUACUACUUGUUUGUGAUUGCUGGAGAGCCUCUGUUGGAUGUUAUCUUACCGAAAGAGCAGCGUGAAAGCACCGAUGAAGUUACUGUCACAAGGAUAUUUGUUGCUGUUCAAACAAUUCCACAGGCGGUGCUAUCAUGGUUGGUUGUUGUGAUAUGCAAUACUGCUUUGCUUUUCUUUUCAAUCUCAAUUGGGCGCGCACUGUUGUCUGCCAUCCCUGAGCUGCUGGUACAUCAAAUGAAGUCGAAUGAUCUGUUUGCUAUUGCCAUUGGUUUUGGCGUCAUAUCAUUUACUAUUGCCGCCUCUAGAGAUGCAUUUGUCUGCAUGACUUAUGGGGGAACACGCCUUGUAGCUUUGGAGAUACAUGUGAUUUUCUUCCUAUGGGUUUUCUUCGUUCCUCUUUUGAUCGGUUUUCUUGUUGAUCUGUCACUGCUGUCACCCUUCAUCGGGCCUGGUAACGAUAUUCCGGUUCUAGACUGUUUCUGCACUUGGUCCCUGGGGCGGCUAGUGCAGAAUUAUGGGACCAAAUUGGGUCGUUCCUUCGAGCUCGGGGGCAACCUUCCUUUCCACGGCUGUUUCAUCGAUAGAUGUUGGAGCAGAAAACUUCCGUUGGGAGACCUUGCAGAAACAAUGUACAAGCAAGAAUUAGUGUCUUUCUCCAUGGAGCUGCUCAUUGCACUGGCAAUCCCUUAUGUGCUCUCAAAGGAGGUUUUCCCAAGGCUGGGCUACACCGCCGUGAACUCAACAGUCCACCGUGCCGCGUGGCUGUACAGCUUUGCCUUAUGCGUACUCUGCUAUCUUGCCAAAGAAUCCUACAAUACACUCCAUGAUUCUAUCUGGGAGGACCGAUACAUCGUUGGGCAGAGGCUGGAAGACGUUGAUUGA